GCGGAAAAGCUUCUCUGGUUGCUAUGUCCAACAUAAUAGUUAUAUUACCGCAUUCAUUAGUUGCUGCGAUUUUGAAGAGGAUGACACGCAGUGUGAAAGAUUUGCGAGAACUCAUCAACGUCUCCCGAUUGUCAUAUCGCGAUGAUGAUGAGGAAGAGGAAUUGUAUUACAGCAGUAGUCCAGAAUCACUCCAAGAUUUUGGUAAUAUUCCACUCGAAGUCUCGCAGCCUGUUCUUCCAAAGAGAAAUAAGGAUUUGGAACCCUUAUUUAUGAAAGGAAAGCCUGGGAGUCCUCCAUUAAGCCCUGGAUCUUCAGGUAGAGGGUCGCCAUUACCGCCGAUUGGUGCCUCGUCAAGUGCGAGCCCAUCUUCUUCCGGGCAGAAUUCACCAACAGCUCGCUCCCAAGAUGCAAGCGUCGAUUGUGGGGCCCGAAAGAAGGAUACUAAACGACAGAAACCUAAUUUUGACUCUGUCCUUCUUUACAUGGACGCCACUGUAGUCAGUGAUUGGCUAACAAGAGCGAACACUUCAAUUAAUCAACUAACCUCGUGGCUGCAUUUUAGUGACAAUUUUAUUCAAUUUGCCCACUUUUGGCUGUCUGAAAUGCCAAGAUCAAAACAAAGGGAGCUAAUAGAAAUGGAGUUCACCAUUUCACUGGAGGAAAUCAAAUUUGCUUUUGGAGCUGGCUUGGAAGGUGGAUCUGUUUCAACUCAAGAUAUUGAUUCCUUUGCCAGAUCUGUGUUUUGGGAAUACCCAGAAAAGUUUCAUAACUCGGAGACUAAGGACUUUUUCCUCAAAAUUUUAUUAUGUUUGUGUUCUGGAAAGAAAAACACUUACCGUGCCCUUCUCUCGGAUGUUCAGUGUUCAACAUCCAACAAGCAGUAUGUGCAACUCAUAUUAGCAACAAGAGCAUUUGCAGUUGUGAACAUAUGCUCAGGUGUGCUGGAAUUUUACAAGCAGGCUUUUAGUAGAAGUAGCUACGAAGAUGUUGCAGAAAAUUUGCUUGUCAGUAAAAAUCUUGCUACUAUAGCAACUGAAUUUGCAUUCCAAUCUGUGCGGAAAGACCUUCCAGAUGUCCUUGAUUAUUUAUUGCGGAAUUAUGGUUUACAACAUAAUACCCUUAAAGACAGCAGUGGUAAAAGCCUUGUUUUUGUAUCUGUUCUCAGUGGCAAAGAAAACAUCCUGAGUUAUCUACUGAAGCUGAAUCCAAGAGUGGAUAUCAAUGAAAAGGCACCUUCUGGGAACACCCCCCUUCAUGCCGCAGUGAAUACAGGUAAUAUCACCAUGGUGAAAUUGUUGAUUGAUACUGGGGCAGAUGUCAAUGCUUGGAAUCCUGAAUGUGAAGGAGCAACACCACUUCACCUUGCCAUAAUGAGUGGUAAUGCGGAAAUGGUCUCGGUGAUGUUAGAGGCAAAAUGUGAUCUGGGAGUUAAGAUGGGCAUCCCUGCUACUGUGACACCCAUGAGCUUAGCUGAGGAUUUGGGACUCGAUGACAUUGUUGAGCUCCUAUCUAAAUUCACAGUAUCCAGAUAAGAAGUUCUACCUCAGAAUAU